AUGGCUUCUGUUCUCGCAUCCCAGCCAAGUGAAAUCAAACCUCCAGCACCACCGGCGCGAACUAUGCAGUCCAUGCCCCCUCAGCAGGAGCCCACGCCUCCUGAAAACAUAAAACAGGAGCACGAAGACCAUGAGAGAGGUCGCACACGUAGCCGAUCUGACGACAAAGAUGUGGAUGGUCUCGAUCUAGAUGAUGCCGAGGAUGGCGGGGAUGGUGCUCACUCGUCCAACUCGGAAGGCCCCGCGCGGAAACGGAGGCGAAGCCGGAAGGGCCAGGAGAAGAAGUUUGAGUGUCCUGAGAAGGGUUGCGGGAAGAGCUACUCGAGGGCAGAGCAUCUCUACCGCCAUCAGCUUAACCAUAACCCGAAGCAAGUGUACAAGUGCGGCAUCGGUGACUGCCAGAGGACCUUCGUCCGGCUCGAUCUUUGCAAUCGUCACAAGGACCGACACACGGCAAAGGGGUCUGCUCUCAACCGGAAAGACUCGCUGAUGAGUCAAGCCUCACCCAUCACAGACAACCGAUCUCCAUUUAUGACGGCGAGCUCUGCCUCUCCUGAAGUCAACAGGCCAGGCACGGCAUACAACAAGGGCCGGGCUUUGACCAUGCAAUUUCAGUCUCCAAAGGACGGCAUGCCGUACAGUCCAAUGGCCAACACGCCACCGGCUGGCUAUCCAAACGGAGGAUCCAACGGUCCCGUCGACUACAUGCACCACGACCAUAACAACUACGGGCACAUGUCUCAACGACAGCCACUUCAUUCUCCAGGCGGUCCUCAACGGCCUUCCAUUCAGACCAGCGUUGGUCCUUACGGCGUUUUAUCACCUGUUUCGAACCAGCCAGGAUACCACAGCCAGCCAUCGGGAACUCCCCAGUCAGCGGGCGGGAUGUCCUAUGUUCCACCACAAAACUUCCCUCCAUUCAGUCUGCCGCCAUCCGAGUUUCCUACUUCGUCAGCCGGGGGUGUUGAUCGUGAAGAACAGCAGCAGGCGUAUGCGCCACCGACCUCGACCGAAUACAAUGAUCAGCAUCAGCAGCCAGGAGGUGAAAUGAUGUUGCUCGAUCAAAUGGCCAUGCCUCAAACCAUGCCCGUGUUUGGCAGCGACAGCAUGUUGAACAAGUCGCCUUAUGUCGGCAUGCCGGAGGAUUUCAUGGCGUACCUGUUCAACACCGCACACACGGAUGGUUCUCCAAUGGCUGUGCCGAUUCAAGGGGGAGGGUACAACUAUGGGGAGUUCUCCAGCCAGUUUAGUGUGCCUUACUACGGCAACGAUCCAAGCCAGAUGGGCUACUUCCCACCUUCAACAGCACCACAGCAGAUCAUGUCCGUCACUAACCUUUUGGAUCAAAACCUCCCCGAGUCGGUCAUUUCAGACGAGAAGAGCGCCGAGAUCUUCGAGUUUAUCAAGGAAAGAUUCCACGAAAAUGGCCAGGCGCCAGUCGAGCGGCAACGCGAAGGCAUCCUCGAAGGCGAUCGCAACGACGACUCACAUAUGCUCAGCCGCAAGAUGAUGCAGGCGUACAUCGGCUCUUACUGGGUUCACUUUAGCGAUCAGGUUCCCAUCUUGCAUAAGCCGACCUUCUCCCCAGAAAAGACGCCGAAUCUGCUGUUGAUUGCCAUGAUGACGAUUGGUGCCGCCUGUCUUGACAAGACUCACGGUCAGAAGGUGACCAAGGCUGGUGCCCAGCUCUCCAACUUUUUGGCGUGGCAUCUCAGGUGGGAAAUGUUCCAGGAUCCCAACUGCCGGCCGCCGGCGAAGCUGUGGGUUUUCCAGACGCUCCUCCUGCUCGAACUAUACGAAAAGAUGUACUCGACCCGCGAGCUUCACGAGAGGGCACAUAUUCACCAUGCCACUACCAUCACUCUCAUGCGUCGCGGGCGAGCCCUCAUCGGCAAGUCCGCUUUGGAUUCGCCACCGAAUCCCAGAGAUGACAAGACCAACGGCUCCAGACACUCGUCGACAUCGGGUAUGGCGCACACUCCGAGCGAGUGGUGGAACCACUGGAUCGCUGGCGAGUCGACGCGGCGUGCAGCCUUUGCCGCCUUUGUUAUCGACUCUAUUCACGCCACCAUGUUUGGACAUUCCACCGUCAUGGUGGCCCACGAGAUGCGCCUGCCGUUGCCUUGUGACGAUAAGUUGUGGAAGGCCACAAGCGGUGCCGAGGUGGGCAGGAUCGAGUCACAGCUCUUGGCUGUGGGCAACAAGCCGGUCGCCUUCUUGGAAGGUCUCAAGCGGACACUGAGCGGCCAUGAGGUACAGACGAACUCGUUUGGCCGCACCAUUCUGAUGGCCGGCUUGCUCAGCGUCAGUUGGCACAUGAACCAGAGAGAUCUUCAAGUCAACUCUCUCGGCGGCCCGGUCGGACAAGCUCUCGGCGGGCGGGACAAGUGGCGGGCUACCUUGACGAGGGCUUUCGACUCGUGGAAGGGUGACUUUGACAAGACGUUGUUCAAGCGCGGCGAGGCGUCGGCCGACCCCUAUUUCCACACACCCGACCACAGCGAAGCCAAUGUCGUGUUUGAGAGCCGGAUCGUCCUCCACCACCUGGCCCACAUGGCCAUGCACGUGGACAUCGUCGACUGCCAGAUGCACGCGCGAGCAAAGAGAUUGCUCGGUCGAGCGAUUGGGCAGCAGGAUGUUUCCAGCGCUUCGAAGCGGAUGAGAGAGUGGGCCCCAACGGCAAAGGCGCGCGACGCGACGUACUACGCCCUCAAGUUCCUGAACUCGGUGCUCCAGCCUGAUCGAGUGGCGACUCCCAACUCCAACGGAUACGGCCGGUACGACGAGAUUUACUCGGCCCGUGACGACGUCCUGCUCAACAGGCCCUGGGUUCUCUACUUUGCCGCUCUGGUGGUGUGGUGCUAUGGGUUUGCUCUCGAGGGUUCCAGCCCGGAAACGCCUGUGCCGACCACUCAGCAGGACAAGGUCCGUCAGAUGCGGGAGUAUCUGGCCAAGUAUGGCAACCCGGCGUCGCCAGAGGAGCUCAAGACUAUGAAGGGGAUCAGCCACAACACGCCUAUGCUGAUGAUUUUGAAGGACACCUUUGAGGUGACGAGGUGGCAGCUGCUCCACGAGGGUGCUACUCUGCUGAGCAAUUGUAUUAAUCUGAACAUGGGGCAGAUGCAUUAACUGGUGUGGUAAUUUACACACAUACGGGAAGGUUAACUGCUUUUGUUGGGGUUGUAUAGGGGUUUCUCGCAGAGGCCUUUCAUCUUGCUUGCUAGGUGUUUGCCAGAGACGGAGGGAGUGUGUGGUGGCUGUUUAUGAUCUUUGAGACGGGUUUAUACUGUUAUUGCGAAAACACAUGGAGGGACACUUGGAAGGGAAUGAGUGGGGCCUAUUAUUAUGAAAAUGAGCCAUGGCAUACUAAAACGGAAAGUCCCAACGGAAAGGGCUUGAUGAGGGUGGUGAGGAGGGAGGCAUACGGGGAUGAAAGCAUAUACCUAGGUGGUCAGGUCAAGCGAGAACGUGGAGGGAGGGGGGGGGGGCAUAUUACUACUUCAAACAACAUUCACACGCACAUCGAGUUUUUUCUUCUUCUUGUUGAGCUCCUUUUUUAAAACACUAUACCCCUUAUUUUUUAUCUUGAUUUUUUUUUUUUGGGUUUUGUUUUCUUUUUUGCUCAUGACCUGUUUUAUUGGGCGAUUACACAUAGCAUUUGACAUGAGAGGAAGAAGAAAAACAAAUCGAUGAUACAUUUUUGCCAUGCUGCUGCUUCUUAUUGUGGUCAAGGGCGAUGAGGAGGUGUAGGUCAGG